AUGUCACCGCUGCAGCCGCUGCCAGCCUUUUUGCAGUUACCUGCCGAUAUCGUUCUUUACCUCUCUCGCGAACACUUGCCGCCGGCUUUAGCCGUAGCCUUGUCGCUGACAUGCAAGGCUCUCUUUAACCUCAUCUUUCCGAGGGCAAGAUUUGGCCUCGACAUGAAUGCAGUGGAGCGCCAGGAUUUACAGCUACUACUCGAGAAGGACCUAGGACACACUUGGUGGUGCUGCCACUACUACUCCCUUCUACAUCCUAUUUCCACUCGAGGACCAACUGGUGGCACUCGCCAUAGCUAUUCGUGGAUGGUCGGCUGGUACCCCAGCCACCCUUACCACAAUAGACGUUGGCUCGAAGGAAGUAGCUUUAGCAUCGACUACCAGAGCGUCCGCCUUGCCAUGAACCGUUAUUUCUUCGGCCCCUCGAAAGGCUUGCCUUUAGAGAGCUUUAGCGUUGAAGCUAGCUCAACUACCCUGGUCCCCUGGCAAGGAAAAUGGCUGCCUUGGGAAGAAAGAUGGUCCGCCCGGAUUGUACAAGACGAGCUAUUUCUCUCGGCUACCCGGACCCUAAGUGGCGCUGGCUGGACUGAUGACUCGCUGAGAGCCGCAAUCGACCACGAAGAGCGCCAUAUCUGCGGUCACAUCAGGACAUCGGGCCCGGCCUUCUGCUCUCCCAACCCUUCCUUCCGUCCCUCUCCCACGUGGUCGGACUUCUGUUAUAUUCGUGCCCUCCUCCGUCCCACCUCCCCUUCUGUGGAUAUCUUUACACCAUGUCAUGACCUGAUCCAGUCAUGCCGUCGAUGUCUCACGGAUUUCGCGAUUACGGUGGAGCAGAGGCUGGAGGAUGUAAAAGAGGGUUGUGUAGAGGAGCAGCCUGCGGCAUUUUGGUUCAUUAGCGUCACUUCCUAUCAGCGAUUGGGAAGUGGCCGAUCGCCCAUGGAUCCAAAAUGGGAGGCUUUUGGGAACGCGAUGACCGUCUCCGCCCAUCGCACGCAGCGAGACAUGUCGGCGUAUCCUCCAGGCGCAGUCAAGGCCAUGUGGGAAUCUCACGAGCCGCGGUAUUGA